UUAUUGUGAAAGGAAAAUGCAGAAAUCUUCUUCCGAAACAACAUCGUCAAGAAUGACAACAACAUUAUCGUUGCUUGUUGUUUUUGUUGUUGUGUCUGCUGUCAUGGGUUCAACAAUUGCUGAUCAGUCUAAAAACACAGAGAAAAUUGCAAUUUUGGAAGGAAGCAACUAUGAAUUGAUCUGCAACUACUCUCAUAGAAGACCCAGCAUUUUGUUCUGGUCUGAAACCGUGACCGCGCAAUCUCAAGGGAAAUCACAAAUUGGCAGCGUGAACUUUAAAGAUAACAGCGUGCUACCUUAUCCAGAUUAUACUUUUAAAAAUGUGAAAAUAAACCGGGCCACUUUCAGUUUGAUGAUCACCAACAUAUCUCAAACACAGGGCGGUGAAUACUAUUGCAGCGACACCGAUAUAGAUAACGUCAUCUCAAAGUUUGAUAUCAAUGUCUGCGGUGGCAUAAUAUUUGAAGUUCCAAACGAGCUAGAAGAAAAGAAAGAUUACAAAAUAAAGUGCAAAGUGAGCUGCACUGGUUUGACCACUCUGAAAAUGUACAUCGUCCUGGGUGGCGAGCAGGUGUUGCUGCAGCAGAGCACGCUCUCAAAUGAAGAUGUCUACGACUACUUCGGUGGUGAGAUAAACUACCAAGCGUCUGGCGAGGACGAUGGCAAGGAGAUCCAAUGCAUCAGCAGUCUCCCUAUCGUCAACUAUGACAAAAAACUCGCCACUAGGAAGCUGUCCGUCAAAUACGCCCCAAACAAGCUGUCCAUCCAACCAGAAGUGACUGAUUUGAGAGAGACUGACGAAAAAAUCCUCUGCACCUCGAACGGCAACCCGAAGCAGAGCGUGAGUCUGGUGGUGCACGGUCACCAGGCAACUUCGCAAACGCCGCUUGGGACUGCCAGCGUGAAUGUGGCCGACCUACCGUUCAACGAAACUGUCACUGCCUCCUGUGAAGUCAAACCGGCUGGUGGCCUGCCAUCCAUCAAGACCAGCAAAACUUUCAGGACCCGUCCGGCGCCCGCCAAGCAGAAAGCCCUAGAAUCUUCCGGAAACUGCAACAUCCUCAUCCAAUCAAUCCUCAACCAUACAUCCAACAAUCCUCAACCAUACAUCCAACGAUCCUUAACCAUGCAUCCAACACUCCUCAACCAUGCAUCCAACAAUCCUCAACCAUACAUCCAACAAUACUCAAGUGCAUCCAACAACACAAAUUUAGACUACACCGUACAUUAG